UCCGUUUGUAUUCGUUAUUGUUUGAUGUUUACAGAGUACAGAUUAAGUCACAGUUUACACUUGAAUCGACUGAUCUCAGACCAAAAGACAACUGUAGUAAAGUGUACACAAUAUUAUUCAAUCUUGAUUUUACCUACCAUAUUUAAAUUUACCAUUUUCAUUGUGUUCUGCCGGUACUCGAUUGACCGUUCAUCAUUUACGUAAUUAUUAUAAUGGUUUUUACUCAUUACUGUCGCUAUCUUUCGUUUUGAGUUCAUUUAUAUACGAAGUCGGAUACUACCUUAACUUCUGCGGUUUCUGGUCACUUCGUUUUAUAUUACUGUUAUUUUUGCGUGAACUUCCUUAAAAUGGCAGUUGCUAUUGCGUUGAAAAGUAAAAAUAACGAAGAGCUGUCCGAAUAUGAACGGCAGAGGCUCGAAAACAUAAUGGAAAUGCAAGAACAAUUUAGCGAUCUGUUUGAUGAGGUCAAGCGCUCGGCACAGGAUUUAGCGGCUACUGCAGCAGCACCGUUGUCGGAAGGAUCAUUUUCCAAUAGAAAACGUACUAGAAAUGCUCAAGGUUGGCGGCGUCCUGUAAAAGUAGCUUCAAAAAUAAGCAACACACCUGAACGAGUUAGAUGUGUUCGACGAUCAGCGCGUAUUAGACAAGACAACAAAAAAGGAACUAAUUAUAAUGAAGAGAGUGAUGAUGAGGACGGGCAAAAGAAAAAACGACACGGCACUAUACGUGUGAUGUUUCCGUUUUUUAAAAAAUCGGAAAAUAAAGAACGAGAUGAAGAAUACUAUAAUUCACUUGCUGAUAGUGACUUCAUUGUCAGCGGGGAAGAAUUUGAUUAUAAUGAUGACGAACCUCGCUCUAAGAGGAGACGUAAUAAUAGCUCGGCAACUGUGCCUAGAUUACCUGCGUCACAGGUAACUCAGGAAAUGUUGGACAAUAUUACUUACAGCUCUUGUGGAAAACAAUAUAAUGCUGAUAGAGGAACAACUUGUCACCAGUGCAGACAAAAAACAUUGGACCAAAAAUCAUAUUGUCGAUACAAAGGAUGUAGAGGAGUUCGUGGCAUGUUUUGUGGGUUUUGUUUGGGCAAAAGAUAUGGUGAAGAUGUUGCUGAAGUACUUUUAAACCCAAAAUGGGCAUGCCCUCCUUGUCGAGGAUACUGCAAUUGUAGCAUAUGCAGACGAAGAAAAGGCAAAGAACCAACGGGUCAAUUAGCUACACAAGCUUCAGCUAGUGGUUACAAGUCAGUCAGGCAUAUGUUGAGUAACAUAGAAGGAGAAGCAGCAUCUAAAGAGCUAAGCAGCGACUCGGAAAAUGAAGACGAUAAAAGCAAUGAUGAAGAGGAAGUAAACGACAAGAACACGGAAGAUACCUUAAAUACCAAGAAAGACAGUAUUGGUGAAAAUAAUGAUAAUAUCAUUAAAAAACCAACUAUGACUGAAACAACAAUUGAUGAGACUGAUGAUUACAAGAGCAACAAAGAACAAACUAAUGAGGAAGGAAUUGUGAAAAAUUACAGUGAAGACAAAGAAAUCGAAAUAAAAUGUGACGACAAAGAAAAUCUUGAUUUGUGUAAUACUAAUGUUUUGUCUGUCAGUGAAAAGCAAAUAACCGAAAUUGAUAAUGAAAAAUCACUAAAAUUAUCAGAAGAAAAUGAGACUGAAUCGGAUGGUGUUCAAAAUAAAAAAGGUAAUCAAGAAGCACUGCUUGAUCAACUUUAUCAACAGCUAUUCGUGAAAGCCUGAUCAUUACGCAUAUGCUAACAUUUAACACUUUUUUUUAAAUAUAAAUCCUUUUUUUUUUUUAUUGGAUACAAUUUACUUUGAUUAUUUUAAUUAUAUAUUUAUUACUUGUAUUAUUUACUAUUUAUGAAUUAUUCAUUUUUUUUACUUGACUACCUAAGCAGGGUAACACAUAAUAAAUUAUACAAGUUCACGCUUACAGUUUUGAGUUUUGCUACAAUGUAUAUUAUAGAUUAUAAUGUUAAAUAGUUAUAAUUUUAUAUGUGGCAUAUUAUGCUAGAUUUUUUUAAGACUUUAAAAGAUUCCUAACAUAAAAUAUUGUUAUCUAUUUUUUAAAGUAUUUAAAUUGUGUAAAAGUUAAUAAUUAAAACUUUUUUGUAAUACAAUUUUUUUUUUUUUGUGUUUAUAUAAUGUAUUACUUGUCUGUUUCAUGGUAGAAAUUAAAUAAUAAAUAUUUUUGAAGACUUGUAGAAAUUUAAAACCUUAUUAUCUAAGUUUUUUUUUGUAAAUUAAGUUGUUAAAGACUU